AAUGAAUUAGAUAAGGCUUAGGAAGAAGGAAUGGUUGUGGAUGCCAAGCAUAGCCAUGGCUACUUCAUCGACUACAUUGCUAUCAUCACUCGUCGCAGGAAGCACCCCAUCAAUUAACUCUCGAAACCAACAAGUUUUGUUGCUUCAAAAUCGUUCUUUGAAUAAGUCUGCAUCUCUCAGGAAGAGAGCUUCCUUCGUUAUCAAAGCAGCCAAGCCCCCUGCUGGUCUGGAAUUUCCAAAAGUGGAGCCGCAAUUUGAAGCUCCGCUUAUUGGGUUCACAAAGACAGCAGAAAUAUGGAACUCUAGAGCUUGCAUGAUUGGAAUCAUUGGAGUUUUCAUUGUAGAGUUUAUAAUAAACAAGGGAGUACUUCAAGUGAUUGGAGUCGAUGUUGGCAAAGGCCUUAAUCUUCCUCUCUGAACAUUCAUUUUUGCUGUGCUCGUUAUAAAGUCAAGUUUAACUUUUCUUUGUUCUUUCCAGAACAAAUUUUCAACUCCAGUGACAUUUGGCAAUCUUCUGUAAACUAUCGUUUGUAUGGAAGUAAAUUGCUGAUAUUCUUGG